AUGUUCUUCUAUUCACGACAAAUCUUAAUUUCUAUAUUAGUCCUUUUCACUGCUACUACUUCAAGCCAAACAUUACGACCGAAUAAGGUCGCUUUAAAUGCAUUGCGUAAACAUAUUGAUGUUGAAUCGUCAUGGCUUGAUAAAAAUGAUAAAGAAGUACAACAAGUAGGAUUGGACGCAAGUGAUACGGAAAGAGUUUUGGUUGAUCUGAUAAAUUCGAGAAAACAAUUAAGUGCCUCAGCACAUGGUAAUAUAGCAGCAGCUGAAAUAUCGGAUGGAAAUCGGGCCCAAGUUCAACGAUUUGGUGAUAAAGGUGGCAUUGCUCAAGUUGAAGGACAUAAGGCGCAAAUAAAACUGAAAGAAGAUGAAGAAGGACGUAAGGCCUUUUUAAAAGCGAAUGGUAAAUAUACUUUGGACACUAUUGCUAAAGGAUCGUUGAAGGACGCGAAGGAUACUGAAUUCAUAGCUGUGAACGAUCGAUUUGAUUUUAAAUUAAAUCCAGCAGCUCAAGAUACCAAUGAAGGAAGUGGUACAAUAGCCUUUAAUGAUAAGGAAAAAGAUAAAAUGAAAGAAUACGAAUAUACAAUCACUCAAAAUGGUAAGAAAACUGGCGCUACCUUAUCAGCGAUCAACAAUAGAAGUGGUGACGAAUUCACAGACUCACUUUUCUCGCGUCGUUCAGAAAAAUAUCAAUGCACAGCAGAGACACCUGGAAUUUCGCAGUGUUACGACGCUCAGGGUAGAAGUGCGGGUAAAGUUGUCGCAGAUAAAAAUGGUCAGACUAUUGUAUACAAUGAUAAAGAUGUUCCAAUUGCUACUGGCACUGUACAGAAACUUUCUGAUCGUUCGUACCAAGCUGUGAUCAGCAAGAAUUUAUUCAUCGCAAAAUUGAAAGAUGCGCGUACGUCUGCAUGCUGUGUGGAACUAACUGGAGAAAAUUGCACCGAUCCGAUAAAAUUAUCAAAUCCAUCGUUUUCACAUCCAUCUCAGAGAGAUGAAAAUGGCACAUUGAAGAUUACUUGGCCGGAUUGCUUCGAUAUGUCUAUUGAUGUCACUCUUCCUCCAAGAGUGCAUAUUAAUCGACUUGCAAUGAAGCUUGAUGUCAUGAUUCAACCUAUUGGCAAAUUACGAUGCAUGGAUGUUGCAACUUGUGGAAGAGAGUGUUUCUAUUGCGAUUGGUGCAAAAGCUCAAGGAAGUUAAAAUUGCUUGAGACCACAGACAGCAAUUUGUGUCGAGCUACUGAAGAACGAACAUAUCGAUUAACUGUCAAAGUAUGCCCUCCUCCAGAGGAUCCCAAUUUCACAUUAUGUUCAGCAUUCUCAAAAUCCGUUUGGCAAAAAGAUUAUUGGCAAAAACAAGGAGCUGUUGAUAUAUGGAUGAAAUUCUAUGAACGCUCCGCGACUCGUGAUGAACUUGAAAAAGAAUUUUUCAAUCAAAUCGACAAUCCAUUACUUGGAAAAGCAUUUAAAUUAGCAAUGGUUGGUGAAUGGUUGGCGGCGAAUAGUAUAAAGCAAGGAUCUUAUACACCGACGAAUUCCGAACUUAUGGAAUAUUGGGUAUCGAAGCGAAAUCCCGAUCGCCUUUUGGCUUGCGAACAUUCCGUUGUUGAUUUUGAAAUUGAAGGUGCUAAAAUUAAAACAAAUCUUCUAUUUGAAGCGGCAACAACUGCAAAUUCAUUGCCUAAUAUCUUCAAAGACAAGAAAUGUGAGGCAUUCGAGAAAUUACAAGAAAAACGAUUUCAAGAGGAAGCAGCUGAUUAUAAGCGAAAAACCGGUGGUUCAACAAUUCUUGGUGGACUGAGCAAUUUUUUAGCAAGCAUCAAUAACAAUAAAUGA